AUGAGUGAAGAAGGCAGUGAGGACUCACCACCAAGGCCUAAGCGCAAGAUCAAAAAAGUGAUGGUGCUUUCAUCAGACUCUAGUUCGGAUAGCGAUGAAAGUGUCGCAGGAGCGGGAUCACGUAGGAAGAGAUUGAGGGUGCUGAGUGAUGAGGGUAGCGACAGCAGUGGUAGUUCGGUGGUGUGCGCGGGAGCUCGUCGAAAACGCACACUGCCUAAGCUGCGGGAUUCUGAGGGCGACAGCGACACGUCAGGCUGGGCCACAGAUCAUUCAGACGCACCCAAACCGACGACGGCAGUGAAACCUACUUCUGGCUUUGCAUCAGAUAGUUCUGAAGGCAAUUCUGACAAAUGCUCAAUUUGCCUAAUGCGUUUCACCCACCAAGAAGUAGGGACACCACAAAACUGUGAACAUAUAUUCUGUCUAGACUGUAUCACAGAGUGGUCAAGAAAUGUCAACACUUGUCCUGUGGAUAGAAUGAAUUUUGAUUUCAUAGUAGUGAGAGCCUGUGCUGGUGGUCGUGUACUACGUACUGAGCCAGUGAAGGUGGUGGAGCGCAGGCCUUCUGUUGAUCUACUUGUCAUUGAAGAUCCCACUAUUUGCGAGGUGUGUGGCCGCACAGACAAUGAGGAGACUAUGCUCCUGUGUGAUGGCUGUGACCUCGGGUAUCACAUGCAAUGUCUCACUCCCCCACUGUCUGAGGUGCCUGCAGAGCAGUGGCUUUGUCCCAAUUGUGACAAUCUAUUAACAGAUGUGGACUAUAUAUUCUCUAGCAUCACAGAUGUUGAUGUGCCAUCUAGAUCUAGUGCACUUGCCAGGGAAGGAAGAAUUGUUAGAUCAUCAAGAAGUCACAGAAGUACAGAUGAACCUUCCACAUCUGGGUCCAGUGGUAGUCAAUUGAAUAUUGAUGACAUACCAACAACAUCUAGAGGCAGAUCUUCUCGAUCAGCCAAUAGUACUACCUCAAGAACGUCUACAGCUAGACACAAAACUACGGCUCAUACAAAUCGUAGAAGACCAAAGAAAAGACGAACUAAAACUGUCAUUAUUGAGUAUGAAGUUCAAGAAAAUGGAAAAUUUCCAGUAACUAAACGAGUUAAAAGGAAACUAAAGAAACGAAAGUCAAAGAGACGUCAGCCGCGCACGGCAGCCCGGCGGUCGCACGUCCUCGCCAGCGUGCGCGCCAAGCUGGCCAGCGUCGGCGCGGCGCGAGCCGGUACAGGCCCGGCGCGGGCCGCCCUCGGCGGCGCCGGCGACCUCGAGCUGUCCACACGGCGCCAGCGCGCCGGGAUCCCGUCGCUGAGUUUGUUUGGCAACCCUCAUGAAAUCGAAUAUUUCUCCGAAGAGGACGAAGGCGUCUCUGAAAGCGCCAGCACGGCGGUGGCGGCUCGACCGACGUCCAACAUUCUUAGUGCAUACAGACAGGCUCGAAGAAAGAUGAUCUCUAUUCCGUCUCCUCCACACGCAUCAUCGGCUCCUGACGUUCUUUCUUCUAUCCUCGAAAGUCAAACUUUACUUCAUUCAAAAAAAUCUGUGGUAUCAAUUUCUGUAGACGGGAGUGUAAAUAUAAAACUAGAAACCCGCGAAAAGUUACCUAAAAAAAUGACAGACGAACCAAAAGAGAAUAAAAAGAUUGAUAUCACGCGAGGGGAGGACGCUGCAAAGAAAGUACCUUCGUACCCUGGACAAUCCCGCGGAGGCCGAGGCUGGGGCGGCGGAUACACCGGGAACUACCACCGCGAGCAAGGCUCUAGCAACCUGAACAACAGAGGUGGCAACUACGAUAAUAACUACAACUCCGGAGGUUACCAGAAUCGACAGGGGAACGCGUUCAGCCAAAACAACAACGGACGGCGUGACGACCAGGACGCCUACAACAAUUACUCGAGGAGAGUGCACCAGUACCCACAGGGCGACGAGUCGCAGUUUGAUCGGAACAGGAGACAGCCACCUGAACAAAACAGAGGCCAGAACAAUCAACAGCGCCAUAAUGAUCAAAACCGAUACAGCUUAGCACCGUCGUGGCAACCCUAUGUGCCGCCACCCGUCGGGCCUAGGAACGAUCCUCCUAUUCAACAUAGGCACUCAUUCGGAGGUUUUGAAAAUCCCCUCGAUAUGAGAAUGGGUCCAAUAAGGCGACAAAACUCAGCUAAUAAUAACUCUGCAACACUCAACGAAUCACAAAGCGUGCAACAGCCGGCCAGUAAGCCACAAGCGCAGCCGUACCGUCCUCUACCCGAGCCCCCGGUGUUUAACUUCAAUAAAACUCCAGACCUCGAUAAAUCUGAGGAUGAAAAGAGUGAUUCUAGUUUAGUUAUAGAUACUGAAAAGUACGACCCCACGGAACCGACUAACGAUGAUGACAGUGGGGACGACGACACUGCCACCCCGGUGGCCAUCGAGCCACAACCUAGCGCUGCGCCCCCAGCGCCCCCAGCUUCCUCGCCCCCCUCGGUGGGUGCUAGCUCACUGGGCGCCAGCUCACUGGGCGCCAGCUCACUGGGCGCCAGCUCACUGGGCGCCAGCUCACUGGACGCCGGGGUGCUGGACAGCGCGGUGCGGCAGGUGCUGCACGAGCACCGCGAGCUACUGGCGCCCCCCGCGCCCGCGCCGCCCAGUGCCAGCGACGACGACGACGAAGGCGACUGCCCUAACUUCUCCAUAUACUCCGCCACCAGCGUGCACAUCGCCAACAACACGGCCGAGCUGCCGAGCGAGCCGCCGCCGGCGCCCGCCUCGCUGCACGACAGCCUGGAGGACCUGGUGCAGGAGGACGACGAGGUGCCCGACCCCGCCGAGCCCGAGCCCCGGCCCCAGCGCGAGCCCUCCCCCCAGCCCACUCGCACAGAGACUGUGACGACGCGCUACACUACUGAUUCUAUUUCUAAGAAAAAAUCAGAAGAAGAAUUAAAAGAGAAAGUCUCGAAGCGUUGUCCGAUCACAACUAAUCCGCGCAAUCCCAUAAAGAUAAAGCUCAAUACGCCGUCGUUAAUUAAACGACAAGUCAGUCUUUACGAUGAAGAUUUAGAAGAUGAAGAAGUGAACGAGGAUAAUGAGGUCGCGGAGACCACGGAACCUGACGUGGAAGCUCGAGACAAGCGCUCCAGUAGCGACCGCGACUCCCCACUCUGUGACGAGCAACUCUCCUCCGUGCCCGCACACGAUUCUCAGUUGACCACUUCAGCCGAAGUCAACCACAGGUAUUCGGAUACGACGCAAGUAGAGCCUCAAAAGAGUCCUGCUGAAACAGAGGAGCAUGCUGCCACUGAGUCGGAGGCAGAGCAUGUAGACGAGGCGCCGGUCGCGGCGGCCCCCGCGCAGGACGAGGACACUCCGCCGCGCCGCUGCAGCUCGCCCGACCUCUCCGCCUCCGACACUGAGCUGCCGCUACUCGAGCGCUCGCCCAGGAAGGGCUCUGUCGACAGAACUGAUGAACUUAUAGAAAAAAUGACUGAAUCUAUUAGUGAAACAGAAGACGAACGCAGUUAUACGCCGUGCCUCGACGAGAACAAGUCGAAAGAUACAUCUUUAGAGACCGAAAAAGAAAAAGGCAUAGAAGGACUAGACACCGAGAUGAUAUCAGAGGACGAGGGCAACGGCUUGUUUUCCGACAACGAGCGCGCGCCGUCCGAGCAGUCGCGCGGCUCUCCAGCCAAGAUACCCACCAACGAGAACGAGGAGGGAGAGAUCGUCGACAAGAAGAAGGAGGCGCGCGUCGAGGACGGCAAGAAAAAAAAGAAGAAAGAAUCCAAGAAGGAGAGCAAAGACAAGGCUAAGACUAAAAGCAAAAAGGGAGAGGUCGCCUUUAAGAAACUUAGCAAGAGUGGCAAAGAGAGGAACUAUAGAGAUAAAGACAAAAAACGAGAAAGGCGAGACUCCAGCGACGGAGAGCGCGAGCGAGCCAAGCAGCGCCGCAAGGAGCGCAGGAAGGAUCUCGAGCGGUACGACGUCCGCACCGUCGUGUCUGACAAGCGGCGCCGACCCAAGGACGCCUUCGGUCGCGACGUAUCUCCCCGCGCCCGCUCCCCCAGCCCCCCACGCCCGUCUCGCACAUCCCGUUCCCCGCGCCCCCUCCGCGCCUCCCGCUCCCCGCGUCCGCUUCGCGCCUCGCGCUCCCCCCGCGUGCCCCGCGCAUCCCGCUCCCCGCGUUUACCCCGUGCAUCCCGAUCCCCCCGCCUGCCUCGUGCGUCCCGCUCUCCCCACGCCCCCCGGGCGUCCCGCUCGCCCCGAACGGGGCGCCUCUCUCGUUCACCCCGUGCAAGCCGCUUGUCCCGCUCCCCCCGCCUGUCCCGUUCCCCGCGUAUGUCCCGCUCGCCCCCGCGCCUGACACCAGUGCGGCGCGCCCGUUUGUCGGCAUCUCCGCGCUCAUCUCCCCGCGCCGCGUCUCCCACGCGGGCGCCUCGCCGCCGCCGCCGCUCCACUGAGCGAGAGAAGCGAGUGGAAUCUCGCAAGCGACGCUCCGUUGAACGAUCGCGAAAACGACGUCGAUCAGGCUCCGGUUCUAAAAGUCCACGUUCCAAACCUACAAAAAGAAAAAAACGUAUUCGUUCCGAACGCUCGGUCUCUCGACGUCGCUCUCCACGAAGGCGCAGUCCGCGUCGUCGUCGCGCCCGCCGACGCAGCGCCAGUCGCUCACCGGAGCCGUCCCCAGCAGGCUCUGGGGGCGUAGCCCCGGCCGCAGGCUCAGGGGACGCGGGGUCCGUAGACUCGCAGCUGCUGUCCCCGCGCACGCCGCCGCCGGAGCCCGAGCCGGUGCGGGCGCGCCGCCGCCGCGACCCCGCGCGCCACCGCCGCGCCCGAGACGCGCCCGGCCCCUCCAAGGAAGUGUUCACAUCGGGAGAUAACAUUCUCGUCAGCGUCAGCUUCAAGGAGCAGGAGCGCGCAGAGGACGAUGAGCGGCGGUCGCGUAGACGUUCACGGAGGCGACGCAGACGACGAGCCGCGCCCCCGGAGAGCGACGCGGCGGCGCCUCGGCCCGUGGCCAUCAUAGACCUGGAGCGCUCUCCCUUCCGCGAGCUCACUCCGUCCCCGCGCAACGUCAUCGUGCUCAGCGACAGCGAGCCCGGGGAGAAGGAGGCGGAGCGGGCGCCGGGGGCCGGGCCGCCCGCACCCGUGGAGGCCGUGGGGCCCAAAACUCCGCCGUCCCCGGGCCGUGGCGCGCCCGAGCCGGCACCGGAAGCGGGCGAGGCGGAAGAGGCGCGUGGCCCCAACACUCCGCCGGAACCGCCGGAUUCGCCGGACGCGUAUGACCCGUACGAGCCUACACGCUCGGCCUCCGGCUCGCCGCGCUCGGCCCCGGCCGCCAGCCCGGCACGGACCUGUAUGACGCUGGAGACGGCGCAAAAGACCAACAUGUCGGCCGAUGAUGUCAUCGACCGUCGCCCACUGUCACCCAUAGAAAAGGUGAUGGCAUUACUACAAUCCACCCGCGACGUGUCCCCGGAGCCCCCGCCCAGCGAGGCGGCCGCGGCCCCCGCGCCGGCGCCCGCCGACGCCGCCGCCCCCGCGGCCGCCGCCACGCCCGGCGCGCUCGGGGCGCCAGCCACGCCGGCGCCGGCGCCCGCGGCCCAGGCGCCUCCCGUGCGCAUUGUACUACCUUCACCUACGCGUUCACAGCCGCCUAAAUUGUUCCUGGCCAAGCCCUCCCCGAUCAAGUCGGAUCCUAUCAAACCUAUGCAAGCUACAAAGAUCCAGCGGCCGGCGGCGCUGGGCCCCAGCACGGCGGCCGUGGCGGCGCGGCGCCGGGACGGGCCGGAGUCGGACGGCGACGCGGACUCGCCCUACUCGCCGGGCUCCAGCGACUUCGGCGACCUCUUCGAGCCCCCGGCGGGCGCGCGCGGCGCCUUCGACGCGCUGCUAGACCGGCCGCGCCGCAAGCGGCCGCAGGGCGCCGCCAAGGUGCCGGUCAAGCUCAGCCGGAAGAAAGGUGCGCCUCCACCGGCCUGUACGAGCGCGUCACGUCCGCUGUCCGCUAACGAUCUGUUUCUGUCGCCAGGUAAAACACAAGUGGGAGUCAAGAUCGACGAGGACAACUUGAAGAUUCUCGACGAUCUCCCCAGCUCGGCCGUCGAGAUGCAAGUGAAGAGCAAAGUGAGCAAUCACGCUGUAUAUUUCCUGAAGAAGUUGAACCGCCAGGAGCGCGUGGUGGAGGAAGUGAAGCUGGUGCUGAAGCCGCACUAUAACAAGAAGCAUGUCACCAAGGACGAGUACAAGGACAUCCUGCGCCGCGCCGUGCCCAAGAUCUGUCACAACAAGACGGGAGAAAUCAAUCCAGCUAAAAUUCAAGCGCUCGUAGAGGCGUAUGUGAAAAAGUUCAGAAAAAAACAUAAACUGGGACUAGUUUAG